CUUUAAUUAGAGGUGGCCGGGGCACCUGUCUCGUCACUCUGAAUUGAAUGCACGUGCACGAGGUGCGCGAGCCCUCACGGCGAGAGCAGCAGCGACACGCUGCUAUUCCAUGUGUCCACCGUGUGUGUUGGUGUGUGUGCACACACGCGUUCAGAGUGCUGCGGAGGAGGAGGAAGCAUUUAAUUAUUUUCGGCCUCUUGACAUUGAAAGCUCUUUUUUUCCAUUUUCCGUGUGCAAUGGCGGCGUCCCCGCACCGCCGCGACAGCACCGGGGUUUGACCCGGAGCUCUUCGUCCGUCCUUUGCUGCCUUGCUCGUGAUGGAUAACCGUACUAACCGGGACUGAGGCGAACGAGACUGCUGUGAGCUGAGAGAGGACCUGCGGUGGUCGAACCGGCGUCACGUCCACCAUGACCCGAGAGGAGGAGGUCCCCGACCCGGUGGGAGCCCAGGAGUUCUACGACAAGUACGAGACCAAGGAGAUUCUGGGAAGGGGCGUGAGCAGCGUGGUGUGCCGCUGCAUCCACAAGAGGACGUCCAGGGAGUACGCGGUGAAGAUCAUCGACAUCACCCCCUCGGACAAGAUGACGCCGCGGGAGAUCGAGGAGAUCAGAGCGGCGACGGUGAAGGAGAUCGACAUCCUGAAGAAAGUCUGCGGACAAGACGACAUCAUUCAGCUCAAAGACUGCUACGAGUCCCACGCCUUCUUCUUCCUGGUUUUUGACCUGAUGAGGAGAGGUGAACUUUUCGACUACCUCACGGAGAAAGUUACUCUGAGUGAGAAGGAAACCCGGAACAUCAUGCGUCCUCUGAUGAAGGUGGUCCAGUUUCUGCACGGCCAGAACAUCGUCCACCGGGACCUGAAGCCCGAGAACAUCCUGUUGGACGACCGGAUGAACAUCAAACUCACCGACUUCGGCUUUGCCGUGCAAACCAAGCCGGGACAGAGGCUCAAAGAGGUGUGCGGGACCCCCGGCUACCUCGCUCCUGAGAUCAUCGAGUGCUCCAUGGACGCCGGGCACGCGGGAUACGGCACCGCGGUGGACAUAUGGAGUUCAGGGGUCAUCAUGUACACGCUGCUCGCCGGCUCGCCGCCCUUCUGGCACAGGAAACAGAUGAUGAUGCUGCGUAUGAUCUUGGCGGGCAGCUACGACUUCUCGUCUCCGGAGUGGGAGGACCGCUCCGACACCGUGAAAGAUCUGAUCUCCCGGAUGCUGGUGGUGGACCCGACGCAGCGAUACACGGCGACCGAGGUCCUCAACCACGCCUUCUUUUCUCAGUAUGUGGUGAACGAGGUGCGGCAGUUCACUCCAAUCAGGAGGUUCAAGGUGAUUUGCAUCACCGUCCUCGCAACGAUGCGAAUCUACUGCAACUACCGGCGCGCCAAGCCCGUCACCAAGGAGGUGAUCAAGAGCGACCCGUACGCCGUGAAGCCCAUCCGCAAGCUCAUCGACGCGUGCGCCUUCAAGGUCUACGGCCACUGGGUCAAGAAGGGACAAACGCAGAACAGAGCGGCGCUGUUCGAGAACACGCCCAAGGCCAUCCUGCUGGCCAUGGCCGCCGAGGCCGAAGAGCCGGCGCACGUCUGGUAACGAGACGCUCCUCAAAGGAAAUGAACCGGGACAACGUCAGACGACCACGUGUGGAGCGCUCGCUUCACUCGUGAAUUUUAACAUGAAGCAUUGGUAUGAAAGUGUUGAAGAACACCGUAUCCCAAAUGUUGAUUAAAAUAAGAUUUACUGGUAAAAAAAAUUGUUUAGAGGAAAUACUGCAUGUCCUAUAGAACUGAAAAUGGACACUGCAUGAAUCUCUGCAUCUCAGACACGGACAGUGUUGUUCCACCGUAUGAAAUCUAACAACAUAUUGGUUUUAUUCAAGAUUACUAGAUGGGUUUGACUUUAAAUGAUAAUUCAUACAUGGAUUAUGCCAACUCCUCAUUUGUUGUCAGAACUUUCAGACAAAUGCAAAACUUGUGGAAAUAAGACAAUUUAGAUUUGAUGAAGCAGUUAACCUGCAUACUUGAAACGACGUACUGUGUAACAUUUGACUUAUGAAGGUAAACUGUACUAAACACCUGCGAUGGACACUUUCAUUCUUACCUCUUUGAAAAGAAUGCUCUGGAUUUAUUUAUUAAAAUGUGCAUUUAAUUUACA